AUGACAGCAAUUCCGAUUCUCAAACUCCCUAUCAUCGUUUUGAUGAAAAUUCUCAAAACAAUCGAUAUUGAGACAGUAUUCCCCAUCUCAUUAUGCUCUCGUAAAAUGUAUCACCUCGUUAAGAAUUUUCAAAAUCAAUCAGUCACUCUCAAAAUUAACAAUUACGGCGAGUAUUCGAGUGUAGCGGUAGUGACACCGGAAGGUAACUGCCAUCAAGUUGAAGUCUCAGAGGGAACGUAUAGAAAUCUUGAAUCUGAGAAUAUCAACGGUCACCUGGUACCUAUUGAUCGUUCUAGAAAACAUGGCGGCUGGGAAACAUAUUGGAAGGAUAGAGUAAAAGGACUACACUCAGUAAUGGAGUAUCUAUCGGAUCUUUUUGGAAUCAAGAAAGUGACUACAGUUACAGUAACCCCUGGUACAUUGAAGUUGCUGGAUAUUAUUAAGGAAAGACAAGGGAAUGACUAUGAACUCAUUAUAAAUCAUUAUUUGAGUACGAAAAAAUCUCGUUUCAUUUUGGAAAAUCAUUCUGCAAAAGUAUUAAGAAUCAUUGGAUUAUCUCACAACUUUCCCAUCGGAAAAUACCUAAAAUCAGUCGACUCACUAAUUGUUCACUCAAAAUUAUCGAUUACUCUUGAUGAUCUACUUAACAUGAACUGUGUGGAGCUAGUUUUACCAUAUAAUGAGUUCACUGAGUCAGAAAUCAAACGGAUCCUCCAACACUGGGCUGUCAAUGGGUUCAGACGACUUAAAUAUCUAAGUCUACGUGUUUCAGACUUUGAUUUGGAAGACGUACUUGGAGAGUUGAACCAUACUGUAAUGACAGAAAGGAGAGAGUAUAAGUCGAUUAUUGAAAAUGUCACUUUUAGUGACCAUCUCAUCACCCGGAAUGAUGAUGUGGUUGCUUCUUUUCGAUAUGACCAACAAUACGGAAGAGUUAAAUUUGGUGUCUGGCCGGAUUCGGAGGGAAAUAAAUACUAA